CUCUCUCUCUCCCUCCCUUCCUCCCUCCCUCCUCUCUCUAACCAUCUCCGUUUCACUUGCCUUUGGCUGCUCUUGGAGCACACCGCAGUGUGAACGCAGCCUCCCGUUUGACCUUCCGAUUUAACCCUCCAGAAACCCUAAUCAUGGCAGUCCCUCAGCUGUUUCGAGCUCCGCAGUUCGCUCUUCGGUGGCCUAAGCCCCUACCGGCGUUUUGGGCCGAGAUGCGGGCUUCGCUUCCUUGGUGAUUGCCAGUGUUGGCUCGCCGUAGGCUGCAUCGGCGUGGCUCGAGGGUUCUUGCGAGCCGAGUGAACCUUUUUUUGACGAGGGGUUCUUCUGAUCUGGUCGCCGAUCGUUGGGGGGCGUAGCUUCGGGCGAGGUUCGGUUGAUCUGUUCGUAAUACAGGUUUUGUGUUAGGUGGGGCUCUUUUGGGGUUGGAGUUGAGAAUUGCUCUCUGUAGGCCUUCGUUUACGCCUGGCGGUGGUGAUUUUUGCUUCGUGACAGCUUCUGAGAGCUUUUCUGAGCAGGAAUUGUUCGUCCGUGAAAAGGCUGAAAGUCGGUUGCUUUGACCUCUUCCCACUUUGAUCGCCCCACCAUAAGCUGUGUAAUUGGCGCUUGAUCUGCUUUUUGUACCUCAUCUGCAGAACUCCUCUAGAUUCCGUACCCUUCCUUCUUAAGUUUUGCGAAUUCUUGGGUCUGAGAUAGAAUUGGCGUUCGCAGUAUUGAGUUAUGUCACGGGAAAAAAUUAGUUGCUAGUUUCUCGUUUUCUAUAAUUGUAUUAUCAUAGUCCUCACUGUUGGCUAGUCAUUUUGAAGAGUUUUCACUUUCUGGAGGCCAGAUUUCCUUUUCAGUUGUGUAGUGAGUAUUUAAAGUAGGUUUUGGUGUUGUUGAAACUGCAUCGGUGGUUUUAGUGAAAAUGUCCGGAGAAGGGUGUUGUUUUGUUGAGUGGAAAGAGCAAUUUGUCUCCUUAGAGCGUGGCAACCGUGUGGUUCACUAUUUCUUUAAGGGUUCUGCUGGGGAGACAAUCCUUGCUGUCGUUGGCACAGAGAGGAGUGUCAGGCAUAUGUUCUAUGUUGUUGCUGACGAGUUUGUGCAAGCUUUUGGCAGUCAAAGUUCAAUACAUGCCGGCUUCAAGUGGAGAUCGAGAAGAGAAGUUGUUGAUUGGCUGACAUCUAUGAUAUCAAAACACCGUGAAUCACCAAAACUCCAAAAGUCACAUGCUCUGAGAAAUUUUGAGUUUCCUCUGAAGAGGUCACUAGCUCAGGUAUCAGAUUGCCAGGGUCGUCUGGCAAGCAUACUUGGUGGGCAUACCUCAGAAAUUGUGUGGUCAGGUACUGCAUGGACAUGUGGUAAACAACUGAAGCAUUACCCAUCCUUCUGCCGGAACGGGAUUACAAUAGCUAUUCAUUCGUUUGUAUUUGUCAUGGGCAAGGGAGAGACUCGCUAUCUUGCUUAUUUGGAAGACAUGUAUGAAGACAGAAGGGGACAGAAAAAGGUCAAAAUAAGGUGGCUUCACUACAGUGAUGAAGUCAAGGGUGUAACACCUAUACGAAAUCCUCAUCCCAAGGAAGUUUUCAUUACGCCUUAUGCACAGGUCGUCAGUGCCGAAUGUGUUGAUGGUCCUGCUACAGUACUGACACGCGAACAUUACACUAAGUGUUUGGCUUCUGUUCCUCAUGCGUUAUCAUCCAAAAUAUACCUAUGUUUCAGACAAUUCAGAAAUAACAAAGUGAAGUCAUUUGAGCUUAGCAAAUUGAGGGGCUAUUUCGAUCAGCCCAUUCUCUCUUGUUUCCUUGCCAGCCCCUUGCAACAGCCAGACACAGCAUGGAAUGGUCUGACUGGGGAGGAAGACGAAGAUUUAACCUCAGGUCCUGAUGUUAAGGUGGGUGGUAAGAGGACAAGAAGUUGCAGAGGCUACAAGAGGUGCGUUACAGCUUAUUCUGGAGUAAAAAGAUCUGGAGGAGAUUUUGCCAAUCUGACAUACGAACCUGCAAAUAAGAAAUUAAAUGAUGGUUUGUUGGCUUGGAGGUUGCUAUCUCUUAAGCAUGUUAACUCUCAGCCUCGAUUUUCUCCACGAUUUAAAGUUGGUGAAAAGAUCGAAUUGCUAUGCCAAGAUAGUGGCAUCCGAGGCUGCUGGUUCAGGUGUACUAUUUUGCAGGUGACCAGAAAGAAGUUGAAAGUCUGUUAUGAUGACUUGAAGGAUGACAAUGGAAGUGCCCAUCUUGAGGAGUGGAUACCUGCCGUCAAAUAUGCUGCUCCUGAUAAGCUUGGGAUGAGGGUUUCAAGCCGCCUAACAAUCCGGCCUAUUCCAUCUUCUGUUGAUCAAAGCAAACCACCUCUUGAUGUUGGAGUGGCGGUGGAUGCAUGGUGGAGUGAUGGCUGGUGGGAAGGGGUUGUAAUAGGGGUCAAUGACAGUGAAGAUGAUAAUCUAAAAAUUUAUUUUCCUGGUGAAAACUUAUUCAUGAGCAUGCAAAUGAAGGAUUUGCGGAUUUCUAGAGAUUGGGUGGGGGACAGAUGGAUUGAUAUCAAGGCUAAGCCGGAUAUUCUUUCGGCCAUGACUUCUGCUGUUGCCCUGGAUUCUAAGCAUUCAGUGUCAUCAACUAUGAUCAAAGAAGUCAAGAGUGAUGAUGUUACUGCGUCAGAUGCAGACACAACUACUGCCAUUGAAGUCAUUUGUGAUGAAGGGAAGCUCAACUGUGCCACAACCCGUUCUAAUGGCCUUGCAGAAGAUGUUGACCCUGCUGAUGAUAAGAAUCUGUCACCAUUAAUACACGAACGCAAUGAAGAUGAUGAUUACUACAAAAUUAAUGACAUUCGCAAUCACGAAGGUGACAUUGGAGGUAGUGAUGAUGAUGAUGACAUUGACGAUGAUGAUGUAGAAGAUGAAGUGCAAAGCGAUGAUGACAAUGCCCUAGAUAUGGAUGCAUCAGAAGCUUCUGCACAAAAUUGUAAACUGAUGGAGAUUAUGGAAGUGGUAGCAUGACACGAGAUGCCGUUUCAUAGGAGAAUAGUGGAGCUCUCCAUUUGGUGUAGGAAAGAUUUGGCAGUAGCUGUGUCAUUUGCGUAAAAGUCAUGGAAUCAUUAUGUCCAAGUCUUGUAAAUAUUAACAGUUGUCUCAAUCCGCCGCUCUAGCUGUAUGUAUUGUAGUGGGUUUAGGAUUACCAAGGUCUCAGCUUCAACUAAUUGUUUCGAAGUCCGGAUAUAGAAGCUUGGCAUAUGGUCCUUUUCUGUAGAGGGGCUUUGAAAUGUAUCGUGCGGGUGUAUCCACGAUUAUUAAGCCUGUUCUUCUGUUAGCGCCGGAUCGCAAUGUGUGAUGACCUAUAUUGUGCACCAGAAGUUGUUUCCUCUUUGAUCUUCAA